AUGCAAACGACGCGGCACAAGCCGCCCCGUCACCCACCGGCGGACGACGGGACGGCAUCCGAGGACAAGUGGUUCAUUUUCGCCAUUGGGCCCAACCAGCAGGGCCUCAUGAAUGUGCAUUUCCACCGCAGCUGGACCGGAAUUAAGGCCUUUGAACUCCUCAUCGACACUGGUGUCGAGGGUGCACAUCACGAAGGUUUGCGCUCCGCAGAUUCUGGCCCCAGCAAGGGUCCGCGCAUCACGUAUAUCUGGUGGGAGUCGCACCCAGACUACUGUCUCGAACACUCAGACGAGGCUGCCAACAAGGAGAUUGCCAGGAGAGCUUGUCAAUGGGUACUGGGUGUCACCCUACCGCUCGAGCACGGGGUGAAUCGGAAUCCUCGGAAACGAGCGUGGGAAUCCCUGUAA